CGCUGGCUGGUGGGCGUGAACGUGGACUCUCAGCAUCUCAGUCGAGAGGAAGCAUGUCUAAGAAGGGCCGGGGCAAGGGCGAGAAGGGCGAGAAGCCCGAGAUGGAGACGGACGCGGUGCAGAUGGCCAACGAGGAGCUGCGGGCCAAGUUGACCAGCAUUCAGAUCGAGUUCCAGCAGGAAAAGAGCAAGGUGGGCAAACUGCGCGAGCGGCUGCAGGAGGCCAAGCUGGAGCGUGAGCAGGAGCAGCGGCGGCACACGGCCUACAUCUCGUCCCUCAGGGCCAAGCUGCACGAGGAGAAGACCAAGGAGCUGCAGGCGCUGCGCGAGAUGCUCAUCCGGCAGCACGAGCAGGAGGCGGCGCGCACCGCCAAGAUCAAGGAGGGAGAGCUGCAGCGGCUGCAGGCCACGCUGAACGUGCUGCGGGAUGGCGCUGCCGACAAGGUCAAGACGGCGCUGCUGGCCGAGGCGCGCGAGGAGGCGCGCAAGACCUUCGACGGCGAGCGCCUCCGGCUGCAGCAGGAGAUCCUGGAGCUGAAGGCGGCGCGCAAGCAGGCGGAGGAGGCGCUCAGCAACUGCAUGCAGGCCGACAAGACCAAGGCGGCCGACCUGCGCGCAGCCUACCAGGAGCACCAGGACGAGGUGCAUCGCAUCAAGCGCGAGUGCGAGCGCGACAUCCGCAGGCUGCUGAAACGCUCCCGUGAGACUGAGGUCCAGCUGAAGCCCCUGGUGGAGAAGAACAAGCGAAUGAACAAGAAGAAUGAGGAUUUGCUGCAGAGCAUCCAGAGGAUGGAGGAGAAAAUCAAGAACCUCACGAGGGAGAACGAGAGAGAACGGCUCUUGCGCUACAAAAGACAUCGCGGGAAAGGCCUGAAGCUGCCCAAGCUGAAACGCUCCCGUGAGACUGAGGUCCAGCUGAAGCCCCUGGUGGAGAAGAACAAGCGAAUGAACAAGAAGAAUGAGGAUUUGCUGCAGAGCAUCCAGAGGAUGGAGGAGAAAAUCAAGAACCUCACGAGGGAGAACGUGGAGAUGAAAGAAAAGCUGUCUGCACAGACAUCUCUGAAGCGACACACGUCCUUGAACGACCUCAGCCUGACAAGGGACGAGCAGGAAAUCGAGUUCCUGAGGCUCCAAGUGCUGGAGCAGCAGCACGUCAUCGACGAUCUCUCACUGAAGCAUGUUGUGGAGACAUUUUUUGGAUUUGAUGAGGAGUCUGUGGACUCGGAAACGUUGUCUGAAACAUCCUGCAACACAGACCGGACGGACAGGGCCCCAGCCACACCGGAGGAAGACCUGGACGAUACGACCACCAGAGAAGAGGCUGACCUGAGGUUCUGCCAGCUGACCAGGGAGUACCAGGCCCUGCAGCGAGCCUACGCCCUGCUUCAGGAGCAAGUCGGGGGGACGCUGGACGCUGAGAGGGAGGCCCGGACGCGGGAGCAGCUGCAAGCGGACCUGCUGAGGUGUCAGGCCAAAAUCGAAGACUUGGAGAAGCUAUUGGUGGAGAAGGGACAGGAUUCCAAGUGGGUUGAAGAGAAACAGCUGCUCAUCAGAACCAACCAAGACCUGCUGGAAAAGAUUUACAGGCUGGAAAUGGAAGAGAACCAGCUAAAGAAUGAAAUGCAAGACGCAAAGGACCAGAAUGAGCUGUUAGAAUUCAGAGUGCUAGAACUCGAAGAGAGAGAGCGGAGGUCGCCAGCAUUUAACCUCCAAAUCACCACCUUCCCCGAGAACAACAGCAGCGCUCUCCAGCUUUUCUGUCACCAGGAAGGAGUUAAGGAUGUGAAUAUUUCUGAACUUAUGAAGAAAUUAGAUAUCCUUGGCGAUAACGGGAAUUUGAGAAAUGAAGAACAGGUGGCAAUAAUCCAAGCCGGAACUGUGCUUGCCCUGUGUGAAAAGUGGCUGAAGCAAAUAGAGGGAACCGAGGCAGCCCUGACCCAGAAGAUGCUGGACCUGGAGAAGGAAAAGGACCUGUUCAGCAGGCAGAAGGGCUACCUGGAGGAGGAGCUCGACUACAGGAAGCAGGCCCUGGACCAGGCUUACCUGAAAAUCCAGGAGCUGGAGGCCACGCUGUACGACGCGCUGCAGCAGGAGCCGGGCCGCAGGGCCAGCGAGACGCUGAGCGAGGGCCAGCGGGAGGACCUGCAGGCGGCCGUGGAGAAGGUGCGCAGGCAGAUCCUACGGCAGAGCCGGGAGUUCGACAGCCAGAUCCUGCGGGAGCGGAUGGAGCUGCUGCAGCAGGCCCAGCAGAAAAUCCGAGAACUGGAGGACAAGCUGGAGGUCCAGCGGCGACACCUGAAGGAACUGGAGGAAAAGCAUUCAUUCUGUGGCCUUGAUGACUUCAGUGAGCCAAGAACUCGGGAUAGAAAAAGAUCUUAUGGAAUAAACUGAGUUCCUAUGGCAACCCCAACCCCACUCAAACCAAAAUUCAACUGCAAAAAAAGCUAUUCAAAGCCCAGAGACUGAAACCAGAAUUCACAUAUACUUACGACAGCUUGAUGGGGAGGCCGUUUUGGAUUUACAGCUGGGUCCUGGCCAGGCGGAGCUAGGAACUCUGCAGGGAAAAUUGGGGUUUUGUCAGUCUCGGGGCCACAUCUGAGUCCCGACUGUGGUACCUUCAAGAGCCCGAGCAGCAGAGAUCUGAAUACCAGGAAACUAAGUGCAAUUACCAGAAACUGAGUGAUGGCAGAGCCACCGCACUGUCUGGGGACAGGCCCGCGUCCCUGCACUGUAUACCUCCCCUGGCCGUGGUGUGCGUACCUGGCUGGACACAGACCGUGUACAUAUGACUCCAUGAACUGCCCUGUGAACCCAGCAUCUGUCAGCCAGACUGACUGGCAAAUGUCCCUAUGACCUGAACCCAAAGUCAAGCCCCCAUCAGCAAAACCCUCUAGGUCCAUGUGCAGCUGGAUUCAGCAGCUGGUGGCCAGAGAGAGGGGGGCUGGAGCCUCGCCCAUUGUAGAGGGCAGACCCCAAGUACCUCAGAUCUCCAAGGGAUGGACCUCAGGUUCCAUCACUCUCAUGGGCGUGACAUGGAGAAAGUCCCAGAGCGUGACAGUGUCUGGGGCCAUGUGGAGCGAGGACUGAGAGAUGGACAUGGCCCCAGCUCGAGGGGUUCAGGCUGUCUCGCAUCUUGGUUGUACUUUGCACGGGGCUGCCGAGGAAGAAAUGCUGGGAUGUGGCGUGAUCCCUGGACCGUCUGUGGGGAACAAGGCCCCUUCCACAGUGGUCUGGGACCAGGCCAAUCUCUUACAACCACAGAGAAGAUCUCGGGGGAGCAGCCCCU